AUGGUCGAAUUGAGUCAAUACUUUUGGCUCACUUUAGCCCUUUUCAUUGCCAAAUCGUUGGCGGUGGUGAUUGAUGAGAAUACAAUCACCAUCGACCCAGUGAACCUUUCCAUUGGCGAUCUUACUAUCUUGCCUGAUGUGUACUAUUCUAUCGUGAAUAAUGCUGCCACUUCUAUCACCGGUAGUUUGGAUAACCAGGGUGGAUUCUAUGUUACAUCUACCGACAGCAGCUUGACAGCUUCGGUAUCUCUUGUUUCUGGCUCAAUCCAUAACUCUGGUGAAUUAGCAUUCAAUUCUUCACGUUCGUUGCAGUCGAGCUCUUACAACUUGAAUGCUGUGGGUGACUUCAUCAAUACCGGCGACAUGUGGUUUGGUAUUAGCGGCUUUGCUUUGGCACCUAUCAACCUUGGUUCAACUACCAACUUUGAGAACCAUGGAAGAAUCCACUUUGUUCAGUCCGAUGGCAACCCAUCCGAUGUCAGAAUUAACCAGGCUGCUGGUCGUGUUGAUAAUGACGGUACUGUUUGUGUUACAAACAUGCACUGGAUCCAGACUGCUUCUAUUGAAGGUGGUGGAUGUAUCAAUGUUCGUGAAAACGCCAGAUUCCAAGCCCAGGCAGACCCUUGGGAAGUGCUGACCAACCAAACCAUUUACCUUUCUACGCCUGAUUCCACCUUCUCCGUUUCUGGUUUGUCUGGUAGCAUUUCUGGGGACAAGACUUUCUACAUUGUUGGCUUCGGUGGAGGAAAUGUCAUCAGAAUUGGCCUUGGCUUUGACAACUUCAACUACUACGAGGAUGUCUUGACUCUUUCUUCUAGUUUGGGUACUUUCAGCCUUCGUUUCCAUAUUGGUCCUGGCUACUCGAACCAAGACUUCUCUACCAAUGGCCGUGGCGACGCUGGUACCGAAAUUAUCUACAAUGGUGAAUACUCUGGAAGCGUUCCUGAUGUUUGUCAGUGUGAAGACUUCCCUGACCCUCCAGUGGAUGAUGAUGAGCCAACCGAAUCCGAUAUGACCAGCUUCACCACUACUUGGACGACCACUGACUCUGACGGCGAGCCAACCACUGAUUCUGGCGUUGUCAUUGAGACUACUGAUUCUGACGGUUCCUUGACCACCACUACAUCUACCAUUGACCCAGAGGAGAGCCCUGAGCCCACUGGAGAACCUACUGGAGAACCUACUGGAGAGCCUACUGACGUUACUACCUGGACCACAACUGAUUCUGAUGGCAACCCUACCACCGAAUCUGGUGUCGUUACUGAGACUACAGACUCAGAUGGCUCUUUGACGACUACUACCUCUACUAUCCCACCUGAGGAGUCUCCAGAACCAACUGAAGAACCAACUGAUGACGGCUCUUAUACUACUACUUGGACCACUACGGACUCAGACGGUAACCCAACUACUGAUUCAGGUGUGGUGAUUCCUACUACCGAUUCAGAUGGAGAGGCUACUACUACGACUUCCACGAUCCCACCUGAAGAAUCCCCAGAGCCUACCGAUCAAGAUACCACUACUUGGACUACCACUGAUUCUGAUGGAAACCCAACCACUGACUCUGGUGUCGUGAUCACCACUACUGAUUCAGAUGGAGAACCAACUACCACAACAUCUACUAUUCCUCCUGACGAGUCGCCAGAACCUACUGAUUCUUACACCACUACCUGGACAACGACCGACUCUGAUGGAAACCAAACGACUGAUUCGGGAGUUGUGAUUCCUACCACGGACUCAGAUGGGGAACCAACAACUACUACUUCGACCAUCCCACCAGGAGAGACUCCAGAGCCAACUGAUUCUUAUACUACUACCUGGACAACUACUGAUUCGGACGGCAAUCCUACCACUGAUUCUGGCGUUGUGAUUACAACCACCGACUCUGACGGUGAGCCUACUACAUCUACUUCGACUAUUCCACCAGGAGAGACGACAACCUGGACUACCACCGACUCUGAUGGUGAGCCUACUACUGAUUCUGGUGUUAUUAUCACUACUACUGAUUCUGACGGAGAGCCAACCACCAGUACUUCCACUUUCCCACCUGAAGAAACUGAUGGCGAGACUACGACUUGGACUACAACAGAUUCAGAUGGAAACCCUACUACCGACUCUGGUGUUAUUAUUACUACUACCGACUCCGAUGGCGAACCAACUACAAGCACUUCGACUUUCCCUCCUGAGGAAACUACUGACGGUUACACCACAACUUGGACGACGACGGACUCAGACGGGAAUCCUACUACUGAUUCAGGUGUGGUGAUUACCACCACUGAUUCAGAUGGCCAGCCUACAACCACCACUUCUACUUUCCCUCCUGACGAUACUACUGACGGAUAUACUACUACCUGGACCACUACUGAUUCUGACGGAAACCCAACUACCGAUUCAGGCGUGGUUAUUGAAACAACUGAUUCUGAUGGUUCGUUGACUACUUCUACAUCUACCUUCCCAGACACCACUCCAGAUCCUACUGGACCAACUACAAUCCCAACUACUUGGACCACCACCGAUUCAGAUGGUCAGCCAACCACAGAAUCUGGAGAUGUUAUCGUUACAACCGAUUCUGACGGAUCCUUGACUACUACGACUUCCAUUAUCGAAGACGACGGUGUUGCUCCAGAUCCUACUGACUUUACUACUUACCCAACCACCUGGACCACUACAGAUGCUGAUGGUAGCGCUAUCACUAAGUCUGGCGAUGUGAUUGUCACUACUGGACCUGAUGGCUCUUUGACGACUAUGACUUCCAAGCACGACCCUAGCGACUUUACUUCCUACACUUCUACUUGGACAACUACCGAUGAUAAGGGUGAUCCAGCCACCAAGACAAAGGUGGUGAUUGUUACUACUUGUCCUGACGGGUCUUUGACCACCAAGUACAAGCCAAAGGAGACUACGUCCACCGUGACCAAGACAGACGACCAUGGCCAUGCUAUCACCAAGACCAUCGUCAUUUGUGAAACCGAGGACAAGCAGGGCCACACAACUACUGUUACGUCUAUCUGUCCUGACACCACCACGGAGACUUACACUAAGGAUGAUGGCGCUGUGACUACUGUGACUGCUAAGGUUAUCAAGACCAUUAUCAAGGGUGUCGCUACUACUUACACCAAGCCAGAGUACGAGAAGACGUAUGUGACUACUUAUAAGUCUACCAAGGACGAUGGAGAUGUUAUCACUAAACUGGACGAUGUGGUUGAGAAGACUGACACUGAAGGACGUACUGUCACCAAGACCAUCACCAAGGAUGGUGAGUACACCAAGCCAGGCAAACCAGACCAUCCAGAGGAUACUCAUGUUCCUCCAGAGGAGACUGAUGUUCCACCAGAGCCUACUACUCCAGAAGAACAACCACCUGAGACUACGGAUGCUUAUGAAACGACACCUCCAGGUGAGGCUGCUCCUUCUAUUACCACUCCAUUUGAAGGUGCUGGUUCGCUUCCAAAGCUUGGUGUGACUUUGUUGCUCCCACUUGGUCUUCUUGCACUUUUCUAA